GCUUUCUGUUGGAUCUGAAUAAGGAGCAAUGAAAGGAGGACUGCAAAUGGGACUGCUGAACUACAACUGCCAUAUAAUAUUAGAUCUCAGUCUGUACCAACGGCACCAACAAACCUGUACGGACAGACUGCACCCCAUCAGUCCUAAGACUACAAGACAGACACUGGCAAGGUAUUUGUAGAACAUAUUUUCUGUUCUUUCCCACUCCAUAAAGUGCCAAAAUGAGGGAUCGCCUUGAGGAGUUUCUGCAGAAAUCCAAAGAACUGGAAAUGUGCAAGGAGACACAAUCCCCUUCAGUGGACCAAAAGGAACCAGAUGAGCUACAGCAGCAAGCUGUGAUUUUCGAAAGAGAGCCAGUUGUUGACAGUUUUUUACAUGAAAUACAGAAACUGAAAAAUGAGAUCAGUGAACUUUCUGAUUCUGUGAGCAGGUUUGGCCAGGAGCAAAAGGUCCUGGUAUCGAGCAUGCGAAGGUUUAGCGUCAUGAAGAGGGAGGACAAUAUUACGAAGGUUAUCAGAGUCCAAGCAGAAAACAUUAAAAAACAUCUGGAUUCUUUAUCCCAGGUUGCAAAAAAAGUGGAAGCGGAUCAUGGGCCAACAUCUGGAGUUACCAGGAUAAUCAAGGGUCAGCACUUGGCUCUGUUCACAAAGUUCCAGAAUAUCAUGCUCCGGUACAAUGAGACCAUUGCCUCUAAACAGUCCAAAUGUAAAACCUUCAUCAUUAGGCAGUUAGAGGUAGCCGGGAAAGAGGUCUCUGAGGAGGAGGUGAACAAAAUGAUGGAGCAAGGAAAAUGGGACAUAUUCAACGAGAACUUGCUCACCGAAGUCAAAAUCACCAGAUCGCAGUUGACAGAAAUCGAGCAGAGACACAAGGAGCUUGUUCAUUUAGAAAAUCAAAUGAAUGAUUUAAAAGACAUUUUCCUCCAGAUUUCUCUUUUGGUGGAAGAACAAGGGGGAAUGAUAAAUAACAUUGAACUUUCUACACAAAACACAGAAAACUAUGUUCAAGAGACAACAGAAAAAUUCAGACUGGCGGCAAAAUACAAAAGGAAAAACCCUUGCAGAGUACUCUGUUGCUGUUGUUUCCCCUGCUGUAAAUAAGUAUAGGUUUUAUUAAAAGGAACACUGGAGCGGUUCAGCAGAUAUACUACCUGGGAUUGUUUUUUUAUUUUCUAGAGUGACUGGGAAUUAUCGUGAAGGUGGACAGUUGCUUGGCAAGUCCUCCCAUUACUUGUGAAAGUAAUGACUAAAUAGAGCCCUUUUAAGCAUUGCCAAACCAAACCUUCUAAAACAGGGGUUUCCAAAUGGUGAGGCUGGCCCACAUAUCCCAGAAAUACAGAUCCUAUGCUUAGGGGCUCCCAGACUAAAGGCCAGUUAGAAUUUGGAAAGAAUAAGAAUUACUGCUUAUGAAAGAUUUGAGAAAGGUUUCUCAUUUUUUUCCUAAGCAGAAGAGCAGCCUCUUUCUUUCUCCUGACAACUUCCUUGACUACUUGGUGGUCAGACUGGUGGGAAACUGACCAGCAAGUGGCGCUGUUGUAACAAAAUUCAUUCAUAUUAACAGUACCCCUUAAUAGCUUGGAAUAAAAACAAAAUAAAUAAUAAAUGUACAUUGCAAAAUUUCAUAGAACAGCGCCCUCAUCAAAUGUAUGUUUUUAAACCUUAUAUAAUACACAAAAGCCGUGAAUUUCUUGUAAAUUAUAUCCUUAUAAACGGGGAGUUCUGAUGCCAUCAGUUAUAAAUGGUGAGUUCUGAUGUCAUUUCUGUCACAUGACUUACUGAAACUUGUGUAUUAUAAUAAAUAAAGUACCCCCAGUUGUUAAAUAUGAGGAUUUUAUGUGUGUUUUUAUAUGGUCAUGAAACUCCUCGGUAACUUAUAAUAUCCUUAUAUUUUACAAGAGGGGGUACUUUAUUUACUAUAUAAUACACAAAAGCCAUGAAUAUCUUGUAAAUUAUAUCCUUAUAAACGGUGAGUUCUGAUGUCAUCAGUUAUAAACGGUGAGUUCUGAUGUCAUUUCGGUCACAUGACUCACUGAAACUUGUGUAUUAUAAUAAAUAAAGUACCCCCAAUUGUAAAAUAUGAGGAUAUUAGAAGUUACCUCGGAGUUCCAUGACCUGUAUAAAAACACUCGGCCUUCGGCCUCGUGUUUUUAUAUGGUCAUGAAACUCCUCGGUAACUUAUAAUAUCCUUAUAUUUUACAAGAGGGGGUACUUUAUUUACUAUAUAAAUUACAGAAAAAUAUACAGAAAGAGAGCAUUACCCAACUUAGCCAUAAGGGGGCGAAAUAAACGCCUUCCUGAUCCCAACAGGAGGGCAUAUUUAAUUAAGGGGCGAAAGCUAAAAUUUGGUGUCCCCCACACCCCAAACAAAAAAUAAAAUUUGCCAUAACAUCAGCAGUUUGCACUAUAUUAAGUUUGCACUGGUGCACAUUCACAUCUUGUUGCCUGGUGAAAUUUCGCCGCUGCAAAAUUCAGCCACGUGACCCUUUCUCUAUAUAUUAAUUAUAUCUUAGUUGGGAUCAAGUACAAGCUACUGUUUUAUUAUUACAGAGAGAAAGGAAAACAAUAUUGUGUUUCCAAACAAGUCACUCAUACCUAUACAUCAUCCUUAUAAACAGAAUACAUUCCCUUUAGGGCAGUUGCACACAGGAAGAUUUGUCACCAGUGAUUUUUUAUAUGUGGCUGCAGGCGACAAAUUUUCCAAAAAUGCCUCUCCAUUGCCGGUAAUUGAAAUCACUGGUGGUAUGUCCAACUGAUCGCUAAAUUGGGUGAAAAUGCCUCCGGGCGAAGCUUCGGGCAAUUUAGCGAACAGUUGAGCAUACUGCCAGCUAUUCCUAUUACCGGCAAUGGAGAGGCAUUUUCAGGAAAUUUGCCACCUGCAGCCGCGUCUAAAAAAUGGAGGGUGACAAAUCUUCCCGUGUGCCAAGGAGAACUAAACCCUAAAAAUGAAUAUGAUUAAAAAUGCCAUAUUUUAUAUACUGAAUUUAUUGCACGAGGCUAAAGUUUGAGCUUGUCAAUAGCAGCAAUGAUCCAGGACUUCAAACUUGUCACAGGGGGUCACCGUCUUGGAAAGUGUCUGUGACACUCACAUGCUCAGUGGGCUCUGAUUGGCUGUUGAGAAGCUAAGCUUAGGGCUCGUCACUAAUUAUCCAGCAGAAAAUGAGCUUCCCCUGUAAUAUAAGCUGAUGCUACAGGGCUGAUUAUUAAAUUCUGAUGCUAAUUGCACUGGUUUCAUGUAGUAAUUAUCUGUAUUAAUUACUAAUCAGCCUUAUUUUGUGACAUUUCUAUUCUAUGGGGCAGAUUUAUCAAAGGUUGAAGUGACAUUUCAAUUUAAAAAAAUCGAAUUUCAAGCUAAUUUUUGUGUACAUGUGGACUAGGGAAUAGACCAAAUUCGAUCCGAAUUUGAAAAAAAAUCGAAAAUUCAAAA